CCCCUUCCCAUUCCCGUUACAAACUAUACACACAAUCUCUCAGCUAUACAUACAAAUCUUUUCAUCUCUAUACACACAAUACAAUAUACACAUACAUUUUUUUUCGAUUUCUAAUUAUCAGUUUUGAUCUAAAAUGGCGGAGAGUUGCAGCAGAAAGCUGUAUGUAGAGAUCUGCAACGCCAAGAACCUGAUGCCUAAAGACGGCCAAGGCACUGCUAGUGCUUAUGUUGUCGUAGAUUUUGAUGGCCAGAGACGUCGAACACAGACGAAAUCCAGGGACUUGAAUCCGCAGUGGGACGAGAAACUCGAGUUUUUGGUUCAUGAUGUAGCGGCAAUGCCUUCUGAAGUGCUCCAGAUCAUUGUUUAUAAUGACAAGAUGUCGGGGAAGAGGAGCACGUUUCUCGGGAAAGUGAAGAUCUCCGGGAGUACUUUUAUGAAAGUUGGUUCGGAGAGUCUUGUUUAUUAUCCGCUGGAGAAGAGGAGUGUUUUUUCGCAGAUUAAAGGCGAGAUCGGAUUGAAGGUGUGGUAUGUUGAUGAGGAGCCGGCGGCGCCGCCGGCUCCGGCGGAAGGCGAGAAGAAAGCGGAAGCUGUUGCGGAGGAGAAGAAACCGGAGGAGGUGAAAAGUGGUGAAGAAGAGAAGAAAAUUGAGGAAGUGAAGAAGGAGGAUACGGCUCCGGAUGCGAAGGAGGGUGAAAAGACGGGAGACAUGAAAGUCGAGGAGGCGGCUCAAUCGGCCACAGCUGCGGCAGCUGUGGCUGUGGUGGAGAAUCCUCCCGUAGCUGAGAAGCCGAAGGCUGAGGAGAAGGCGGUGGAGAAACGAGUGAAUUUGAAUGUGACUGAUCUGGAGCUUCGGAGGCUUGGAAGUGAUCGAGGCCGGACUGCUUAUGAUCUGGUUGAUCCAAUGCCGUUUCUUUUUGUUCGUGUUUUGAAGGCGAAGCGAGGGGAUAAGGACCAGGCUGAUAGCUCUGUUUAUGCAAAGCUUGUGAUCGGUACUCAUAGUAUUAAUACCAGGAAACAAACGGAUAAUAAGGAUUGGGAUCAGGUUUUCGCGUUUGAUAAGGAAGGAUUGAAUUCGACUUCUCUAGAAGUUUCCGUUUGUGUUGAGAAGAAAGGGGCGGAGGAUAGUGUGAUUGAGAGUAGUUUGGGGACGGUGUCGUUUGAUUUGUUGGAGGUGCCUAAGAGAGUUCCACCGGAUAGUCCAUUGGCACCGCAGUGGUAUACAUUGGAUGGAGGUUCGUCUGAGGGGACUACGGAUGUUAUGCUUGCUGUUUGGAUCGGGACUCAGGUGGAUGAGGCUUUUCAGGAGGCUUGGCAAUCGGAUUCAGGUGGAUUAGUACCGGAGACACGAGCCAAGGUUUACUUGUCUCCGAAGCUGUGGUAUUUGAGGCUAACGGUCAUCCAAGCCCAGGACUUACAGCUGGGAUCAGGCUCGGAGAUUAAAGUUAAGAAUCCGGAUUUAUACGUUAAGGCUCAAUUGGGGCCGCAGCUAUUCAAAACGAGUCGCACAACGGUUAGUUUGUCCAGCUCAUCGUCUAAUCCAACGUGGAAUGAAGAUCUUGUGUUUGUGGCAGCUGAGCCAUUUGAGCCCUUUUUGCUGAUCAAUGUGGAGGAUGUUUCUAACGGUCAUACGGUGGGGCAGGCUAAGGUACAAAUGUCAAGUAUUGAUAGGCGGAAUGAUGAUAAGUCGGAGGCAAGAUCAAGGUGGUUCAAUCUGGUAGGCGAUGAGACGAGGCCUUAUACAGGAAGAGUUCAUGUUCGGGUGUGUCUUGAAGGCGGAUAUCAUGUGCUUGAUGAGGCUGCUCAUGUGACCAGCGAUGUCCGGCCUACUGCAAAGCAACUGUCUAAACCACCUCUUGGUAUACUAGAAGUUGGUAUUCGCGGAGCUACAAAUUUGCUUCCUGUGAAAACAGCUGAUGGGACAAGAGGCACAACGGAUGCAUACGUUGUGGCAAAGUACGGGCCUAAGUGGAUUCGUACUCGUACAAUUCUUGAUAGGUUUAAUCCGCAAUGGAAUGAGCAAUACACAUGGGAUGUCUAUGAUCCGUGCACUGUGCUUACAAUUGGCGUGUUUGAUAAUGGAAGGUAUAAGCGUAGUGGGGAAGAAGGUAAACCGGGAAAGGAUGUGCGCCUAGGAAAGCUGCGUGUAAGGCUGUCCACGCUGGAUGCUAACCGUGUUUACACAGGAUCGUAUUAUCUCACUGUGUUGCUUCCUGGUGGUGCCAAGAAAAUGGGGGAGAUUGAGAUUGCUGUUAAAUUUUCGUGUUCCUCCUGGCUAUGUUUACUUCAAGCAUAUGCUAGUCCAAUGCUGCCGAGGAUGCAUUAUGUUCGGCCAUUGGGGCCGUCUCAGCAAGACAUUUUGAGGCACACGGCUAUGAGAAUUGUGACGGCUAGACUAUCUCGGUCUGAACCGGCUUUAGGUCAGGAAGUGGUUCAGUUUAUGUUGGAUUCCGACACACAUAUGUGGAGUAUGAGGCGUAGCAAGGCUAAUUGGUUUCGAGUGGCUGGGUGUUUGUCAAGAGCUGCCACAUUAGCUCGGUGGCUGGAUGGAAUCCGCACCUGGGCGCACCCGCCAACUACAAUAUUAGUCCAUGUCUUGCUAGUGGCCAUUGUGCUGUGUCCUCACCUAGUCCUGCCCACAAUCUUUAUGUAUGCAUUCCUGGUCAUCACAUUGCGCUUCCGCUAUCGCCAGAGGGUCCCGAUCACAAUGGACCCUCGGCUUUCUCACGUGGAAGCAGUAGGACCGGAUGAACUUGAUGAGGAGUUUGAUGGAUUUCCGACCACAAGGUCACCUGAUCAUGUUCGCAUGAGAUAUGAUCGUUUACGCGCCCUGGCUGGGAGGGCGCAGACACUAUUAGGCGAUGUGGCAGCGCAGGGUGAGCGUUUAGAGGCGUUGUUCAACUGGAGGGAUCCGAGGGCUACUGGCAUAUUUGUUGUGGUCUGCUUAUUAGCUUCACUGGUGUUUUAUGUUGUCCCAUUCAAGGCAUUUGUUCUGGUCUCAGGAUUUUACUACCUGCGUCACCCCAGGUUCCGCUAUGACAUGCCAUCGGUUCCUGUCAACUUUUUCCGGCGACUUCCCCCCCUGUCGGAUCAGAUUCUGUAGACAUUACUAAGAUCUCAGGGUAAAGGGCAACUAUAUUUUCAUUCUUUUUUUUUGUUGCAGCAUUUUCGAUACACCCUCGCAGUGAUUUACUCAUAUGGUGCUUAUUUUUAAACAAUAGAUCUUGGUUGUAAUGCUUUUUUUGAACUGAGUAUAAAAAUUAUGCUUUAUCAA